AUGUCUUAUCAAGGUUAUGGUGCCCCCUACGGCCAACCGCCGCCGCCGCAAGGCUAUGGUCAAUAUCCCCCUCAACAACAGCCAUAUGGUGGUUAUCAACAACCUCCCCCUGGACAGUAUCCUCCCCAGCAAGGCGGAUAUCAGCAACCGCAGGGUCACUACCCUCCUCAUGGCGGACCUCCCCCACCUCAACAACCUUACGGUGGCUACCAGCAACAACCUCCUUCACAGCACUACGGCGCACCUCCUGGACCUCCACAAGGCCAUUACGGAGCUCCCCCUCCUCAGCAGCAACCGUACGGCCACCACUCUCCUGCGCCGCCAGGUCCCCCACCAGGACAGUACGGCGCGCCUCCUCCUCAGCAGUAUGGCGCACCACCAGUGCAGCCUACUCCUCCCUCGAUGGGCUACGGACCACCUCAGAUCAUCCAAUGGAACGGCGAACCUGAUGCUGAUGGCCUGCGAAAGGCUAUGAAGGGUUUCGGAACUGAUGAAAAGGCAUUGAUUGCCAUUCUUGCAAACAAGGAUCCUCUACAGAUCGACACAAUUCGACAAGCAUACGAGCGCAAGCACCGUCGCAACCUAAUUGCCGAUAUUCAGAGUGAGACUAGUUCGUGGUUUGAGAAGGCUUUGGUUUCGCUAGCCCGUGGCCCGCUCCUGUCUGACGUUCACGCUCUACAUGACGCCAUGUCUGGCCCUGGAACAAAGGAAGUUGUUCUAAACGAUGUUCUGCUUGGGCGAUCAAAUGCGGAUCUCAAGGCUAUUAAGAGCGCGUACUACCACACUUUCCAUGAUAAACUUGAGGAUAUAGUCAAGGGCGAUUUGAGCAUGAAGACUGAGCGACACUUCUUGAUUGUUCUUGGUGCUACAAGAGCCGAGGACUCCGCACCAGUCGACCCCCGACAAGUUGACGACGAUGUCAUGCAAAUCUACAAAGCCACCGAAGGCAAGAUGGGUACGGACGAGAUUCUUGUGUGCAGUAUUAUGAGCACAAGAAACGAUAACCAAAUCCGUGCCAUCACACACACCUACAAGCAAAAGUUCAACAAGGACCUCGAAAAAGUCAUCAAGAGCGAAUUCUCUGGCCACAUGGAAGACGCUCUCCUCUUCCAAUUGCGCAACGCCACAGACAAGUACAUGCAUGCAGCCAAGCUGCUCGAGGACUCAAUGGCCGGCAUGGGAACAAAGGAUCACCUUCUCGUAUCUCGAACUAUCCGCUACCAUUGGGAUCGUAACACCUUGAACAAUGUAAAGGGCGCCUACCAGCAACGUUAUGGCAAGAGUCUCGGCAAGCGCAUUUAUGGUGAGACUUCGGGUGACUACAGGAAGACGUUGCUGGCGGCGAUUGGCGAACCUUAUUAA